AUGGCGCCCAAGGCCUGGGGCGCGCAGAAGCGUUGGUCCGAUGGGUGGAUCAGCGACGAGAUCUGGAAGCCAGGACUGCAGUGCCGCCACUGCAAGGCCACGCUCAAGAAGCCGUGGAUCAUCAAGCAGACGGAGAGCAGCUCGAGCCGGAAGGCGCCCGGCAGCUACGGCGACCAGGGCAGCAACAAGCGCGGGGGCCAGAAGGCGGAGACGAAGGAGCUCAUCGCGGAGAAGAUGGGGGGCAUGAAGCUUGAGGACGGCGAGCAGAUGGGAUCGCGGCUCAAGUGCUUCGCCAGGGUGAUCGAGCAGCAGACCGACCCGCCGAAGGUGAAGUCCAAGCCUCAGAGAUUGGCGGAGGCGGCCGAGGCGCUCCGGAUAGCCAACAAGCAUUUCACGGCAGUCGCGUUGGGGGUCAAGCAGCAGCGCGCGUGGCUACGCGAGCUGGAGGAGAAGAUAGGGGCGAAGGCGGCGGAGGUCGCCAACCAGGAGGCAAGCCUGGAGGCAAUCAACUUGGAGGGGAAGGAGGUGACGCUCGAGGGCAUCGUGGACCGGGAGAAGCACGGGAAGGUGGACGACGAGGAGGUCGACGAGACGGCCAGGCAGGCGGUCGCGGAGGCCAUGCGGAAGGUGUUCAAAGACUUGCUGGAUGGGGCGAAGUCGCGCGCCCACCAGCUGCAGGAGCACAUCCGCAUCGCGAAGGAGGCCGGGGCCAAGAACAGGGAGACAAUCAAGCAGGACGCGAAGAAGAGGGAGGUCGACACGAUGGAGGAUGCGAAG